GUUUGGAUUGCUUCUUCUUAAUUUUUUUUUUUUUUUUUUUCACCCCCCCACACCCAGCAUACAAAUGGACACAGGCGUAGCCAUGUCGCUGUGGUGCGAGGAAGCGGAAGACGCCGAGCGGACGGAGUCGCCUGUGCGCACCGCCGACCGGGGCCAGGCUCAGCUGCGGGCCGCCUGGGACCCGUCGGUGUCCGGGCAUCGGGUGAUCCAGAGGCUGCUUCACAUGGAGGACCGCUACGCGCCCUCGCCGCUGUACGUCAGCAUCAUCCAGCAGGAUCCGCAAAGCAGGGAGGAGCUGUGCAAGUGGACCCUGGAGGUGUGCUGCGUCUGUGGCUGCGACGAGGCCGUCUUCCCCUUGUCGGUCUCGCUGAUGGACCGCUUCUUGUCCGCCACGCUAUCCCUGCCUGUCUCUUCGCAUUGCCUGGCCGCCGCCUGCAUCCUCAUCGCCUCCAAGCUGACGGAGUGUGACAACAUCCAAUCAGACGCCCUCUGUGCUGCUGCAGACGACAACUUCCUGCCGUCCGACCUGAGGGAAAUGGAGCGCAUAGUGCUCGGCACCCUACGCUGGGACACAGCCGCCGUGACCCCGCAGGACUUCCUCCCGCACUUCCUGGCCUCGGUGCAGGAAAGGAGCGAGGGUGGCGACUCGGACCAGGAGCGGACCACCCUGCGGCGGCACAGCGACACGCUGGCGGCCAUGUGCAUCUGCGAAUCCCGCUUCCUGGGGACACCGCCCUCGCUCAUGGCCGCCGCGUCGCUCAACUGCGCCCUGCGAGGUCUGAGCGACAGGGGGCGCCCUCAGCGGUCCGAGAUUAGUUUAAGGCUGGCCGAGUUGUGCCAGGCCGACCUGGUGGUCCUGCAGUACUACAGCCGGAUGAUCGAGUGUGCCCUCCAUCAGCGGCUGAGCAGCGGCCUGGCAGAGGCUCCCACGGAGAAGGGUGACGAGAUGGAGGACGAAAGGGCCGGCACGCCUACAGACAUGAGAGAGAUCGAUUUCUGAACACAAAAAUCAUUUCACGCUGUCAAAUUACAAGUGUGGAUCAAUCAAAAGUCUUCAUCUUUUAAACUGAUAUAAAUUAUGACCUCAAAAUAACGUAUUUUUAUACCCUGAAAUGAUUACGUGACUGUAUUGUUUAUUUAUUUUUUGCAUUAUUUAUUUCCAUCCAUCCAUCCAUUUUCUACCGCUUAUCCCCUUUCGGGGUCGCGGGGGGCGCUGGCGCCUAUCUCAGCUACAAUCGGGCGGAAGGCGGGGUACACCCUGGACAAGUCGCCACCUCAUCGCAGGGCCAACACAGAUAGACAGACAACAUUCACACUCACAUUCACACAUUAUUUAUUUGCCAGACUUUUUUAAAUGACGUGCUCUUUACUUGUGCCAUAUUUGCUCUAUUUCUAUUAGAUUUUUUCAAGGCUCAUGUAUGUUACUUUUUGAAUAUUUAUACGUUUUAUUUAUUAUCAUGUGCAAUUAUUUACUCUUAAUGUUAAUUUAUUUGUUUAUCUGCCAUCCCUUUGAGUUUUUGUGUUUGCUUGAUAAAAUAAUUAUAGUAA